AUGCCCAAUUGCCAGCUAUGCGGCGAAUCUGCAGAAGAACGAUGCUCAGCUUGCAAGACAGUUUACUACUGUCGAGCUGAGCAUCAGCGGAAGGACUGGAAUGAGCACCGUAAACUUUGCGUACCUCCGGGAUCGCUCACAGUCAAGGGCAUAUUACUCCCAGCUAAGCGAUCAGCCCCUGAAGUUAUUGCAGUCCAACUCGCCAGGAGGUCAUUCGCCGUCCCAGGCGAGCCUGAAGCCGACGACGGCCGCGAUGUAGCAUACAUUCCAAAGCUCCAGCUAUACAUUGGCGACGGCUCGUACGAUCAGAAGUUCAUCUCAACUGCAAACGGGCACGAAGGGCCUAUGUUGAAGCAUUGCAUGCGCAUAUUCUUGCGCGAUAACUUUCUCAAUGACGGUUCUCCACAUAAUAAAUGUGUUGCAAAUCUACUAGGGCCAUCAGUGCAGCAAAAUUACUGGAGGGGUGACCUUCUAGUAGUGAAGAUGGCCGCCGAAGGUCAACAAGGGUACAUCGACGGGCGCUUCAUGGACGUCUCUCUCGAGGAGGAUCUCGAGCCAUUAAAGCGCUGGCUUGAGUGGUAUGGAAGCCUAUACUGA